AUGCUGCCCUAUCAAAUCCAGGGAUUAGAUCCAGAGAAUAUUUUUACCUGUGGUGAAACAGCCCUUUUCUAUAAGGGGCUACCUGAUAGAUGUUAUGUUGAUGGAACUGUUUGUUUUGGAAGCCAUCAUAAUAUGGACUUUACUGAAAACAAGUUUACCAUAUUAUUUUGUUGUAGUGCUUCAGGCGAGAAAUUGAAGCCAUUGAUUGUGGGAAAAGAUCAGCUGCCACAAAGUUUGAACAACUGUAAUGCAAAAGAUAUACCAGUGCAAUGGUCUCAGCAGAAGAAUUCGUGUAUGACUGCCAAUAUUUUUGCCAAUUGGUUAAGAGAUCUGGAUAAACAUUUAGAGGAGCAGGAUCGUCAUAUAGCAUUAUUUAUGGAAAUGAUACCUGGUCACUUAGCUAAUGUCGUACUUAAAAACAUCAGUAUUAAAUAUUACUUAGAUAAUUCUGGAACUUUUCUACAACCCUUACAACAAGGUAUUAUUACAAACUUUAAGGCACACUAUAGAAAGAGAUUUCUCCAAGCUGUGUUAGCUAGACAGGAAUCAAAUGAGGACACAAGAGCCAUAUUGGAAGAUAUUUCUGAUUUGGAUGCUGUGUUUUGGAUCAAACAGAGUUGGAAUAAUGUACAGAAAACAACUGUAGCUAGUUGUUUCGAAGCUGUAGGUUUUGUAGCAGAAACAAGUGAAGAUGAAUUGGAAGAUAAUAAUCCAACAGAUUUAAUCGAGCUAGUAGAAGAAACCGGUGUUUCGUUUAGAUUUAUGCCAAUGUUUACUGAAAUCUACCUACAAUUUGAUUCCCAAAUACCUUGCCAUGCUUACGAAACUGAAGAUUGGGAGAGUCAGUUGAUACAGGAAGCCAUGGUUGCUAAUGGUAACGUGAAAACUGAAGCAGAAGACACUAGUUAUGAGAUACAAAAUCAAAAGAACCUUUUACAAUCGAACGAGGCAAGUUCUAGUCAAUCCCAGCAGCAGUCGAGUGUUACAUUACCACAAGUAACUCAAGCUGAUGCUUUAGCUUCAUUACAGAAACUGAAGUUGUUUGUGAAAGGAAAUUGUGGUCUUUUAGACAAGAUUUAUAACAUAGAAAAGGCAGUUUUAGAACAUAUAACUCAGAAGAGAAAGCAAUCAAAACCCAGAUUUCGCAAACCAGUUAUGUUUGGAAGUCCAAAAGACAAUAGUUCCGAGAGUUGUAAUUAAACACUUGAAGACAUUAUGUUUUUCUGAUUAUCAGCUUAAAAUUUGAUUUCAGCUAUAUUAUCACUUUUUAAUAAUAAUUAUUUAGAUAGUGUCUAAGUAGUGAGCAUAGCGGUAUUCUAGGUUGUUUAAGUCAGUCUAAUUAACUUCCGUUCGUAUUUUAUUAGUUUCGUUUGGAAUGUUUUAUUAGACCUUACUGUAGUGGUUACGUACAAAGCUAAUAACUAAUAAAACAUUCGAAACUACAAACUAAUAACAUAAGAACAAAAGUUAGGUCUAAUUGUAAUUAGUCUGCAUUUAAGGUGUAAAAAACUUCUGGUUACUUCAGACAAUUUGUUAUUUUUGUAGUUUUGUUAUGAAUUAGAAGUCUGAUUUGUACUCAGUUGUCCAUCAACUGUUGAUAUGAAUAUACCCCUAACUUAUUCUUUAAGUAUUAUGAUUUUGAUUAAAAUAUUUUUAAUUCAG